AUGCCUUUUACAAUUGUCUUGUGGAAUGUUCGUGGACUUGGUAAGAAAGACAAAGUCACAGCUGUAUGUAGUUCAAUCUCAACAAGUAAAGCUAGAGUAGUGUUUAUUCAAGAAUCGAAAAUGGAGAUGGAAAAUAAAUCUGUGGUUAAACGGUUAAUGGGUAAGAAUUUCCAUGAAAGGGUUAUUGUACCAUCCGAGGUUGCUUCGAGUGGUCUUAUUUCGUUAUGGGAUGCAGAUUUCUUCUCAAUGGAAAGUAAACAAGUAUCAAGAAGAUUGAUUGUUUUGGAGGGUAAGUUAAUUCACAGUAAUUUGAAGGUGGGAUUAAUCAACGUGUAUGCCCUGAACGAUCACGCUGAACGUAGAGAGUUUCUGCUGAACUUGAACGAGUUGAGGUUACCAGUUAUAAUCGGAGGAGAUUUCAACACGGUUAGAUCGGAUGAUGAAAAAUUGGGAGGCCUGGUUAAUGUGGAGGCAUCAAAGGUGUUCUCAGAUUUCGUUCUUGGCAGGAACCUUAUUGAUUUACCUUUGGAGGGAAGUGCUUACACUUGA